UGGAAUUUUACGGAAUAAGAAUUGCAAUGGCGGCGUGAUUUGGGAAGUAGGGACCGUAGGUAUUUCGUAGGUAAUUAUUCCGAUUUCGCGCAAAUGAAGGAAUAUUACCUACUUUUGAACUGUUGAAAGACCGUGUAUCCUGCAACAUGACGGAAUAUAAAUUAGUUGUCGUAGGCGCUGGAGGUGUUGGGAAAAGUGCCUUGACCAUUCAACUAAUUCAGAAUCACUUUGUUGACGAAUAUGAUCCAACAAUAGAAGAUUCGUAUCGUAAGCAAGUUGUCAUCGAUGGUGAGACUUGUCUGCUUGAUAUUCUUGAUACAGCGGGACAAGAAGAAUACAGUGCAAUGAGGGACCAGUACAUGAGAACUGGUGAAGGAUUUCUUCUGGUGUUUGCUGUUAACAGUGCAAAGUCAUUUGAGGAUAUUGGAGGUUAUCGUGAACAAAUAAAGAGGGUGAAGGAUGCAGAAGAAGUGCCUAUGGUUUUGGUAGGCAACAAAUGUGAUCUUCCAUCUUGGGCAGUGGACAUGAACCAAGCCCGUGAAAUUGCCAAACAGUAUGCAGUUCCAUUCAUUGAGACAUCAGCGAAAACAAGAAUGGGGGUCGAUGAUGCAUUUUAUACCUUGGUUCGUGAAAUAAGGAAAGACAAGGAACAACGUGGGAAAGAGAAUCGCAGGAAGAAAAAGAAGGUUAUUAAUGUAAGGAAAAAGUGCUGUCUUUUAUGACCAACGAUGUUGUCCACAGCAGGGGAAGUGAGCAGUAACUGGAUUUUUUAAUAACAGGAUUACUGCAUGAUUGAGGCAUUAGUAUAUUAAUCAUUCGUGUGUAAGUAUGCCUUUCAGAAUUAUCAUGCAUUAGAGUUGCCAGUGGUUAACUUUAAAGUUUUAUGUAAUCCUUAUAGUUAAUGGUUAAUUUUAAAGUUGUGUGUAACCCUUAGUCUUUUGGACAGCCUUUCAGCAAGUAUGAAAGCUAAAGGCUGAAGAGAUUUAUGUGCCUCAACAGAGGUUUGUUGAUUUAUUUUGUUAUUUCUCCUAUGACAGUGAUAUAUGGUACUAAUUGCCAAAGUUUCAAUUUAAAAGAUGUGCCCAAUUAAAAUUUGCAUGUUGUGAGAGAUUACAGGUGCUAGUACCAUCUUGUAGCAUCAGGUGCAGCUUAUGACAUUUUAAAUACCUUCUGUGUUAAGUAACAGUUAUAGCUAGAAUUUCUUUUAAUAUGUUUGCCUGAAACUUCAUGCGGUUUUAGACUUCCUUGAAAUAUACAAUACAUUGGCAUGUGUGCAGCUUUUGAUAAAUUUGCCAAUGUGGAUAUUGGCAGAAAAUGCACUGGUUAUAACUAGUGAUGUGAUGACAAGAUAAAAUAAAGAUUACAAGACUAUGAAAAGUGUUACAUUAACCAGCAAACAGAUUGUACAUUUGAUUUACACAGCACAUGAAUACAAAAAUCACUGAAAUACUGGAUAUUAAAUGUAUAUGCCAAAAUAAUCAGAUGUACAUUUUGUGAAAAGUGAGUGUCAAAUAUGCCACAACUGCUGUGUUGAAAAUCGCUUUUAAACAAUGUACUACGCAAUUUGGUGCUGCAGUCGCACGCUUCAUACACCACAGUUGUAGGUAGGAAGGGUGCUACAUUUGUCUUGCCUUUUUUGAUAAAAGAAGAAUGUAACCCAUGUCUUUGGGAACAUGGACUUUUAAGUCAUCACAGAAUGGGUUAAAUUAGCCCCUGUACUUACCACACGAUAAUUUCUGUGAAGAAAGUGAGUUAUGUAACUUCACAGCCAUCAGUUUUUUCAUGGUCGCCCCUGGCAUUUGUGGAAAGGGAAGGAAACAAAGACAGGAUCUCUGAAAGGAGAAGUAGAUUUGUUCAGGAGCAUUAACCAUUAUGUACCAUAAGAUUUAGUUUAUAAAAUCACCCAAGAUUUUAGUAAAGUUGUCCUGUGUUUAAUUAAGUACCGUGCUUUGAAGACGUAUGGGGAAGGGAGGUAUAGCCCACUGUUCUUGACCUUGGCAUUAUAUGGACAUGAGUAGUCAGCUUUGCACUCAGGCUGCUUUACUCCUGUGGAAAUUGCCCCCAGGACCCAUUGGAUAGGAGCUGGGAUAGCAUAGUUGGUAUAACGACUGGCUACAGGCUGGACAACCGAGGGGUCAGAGU